CAGUCCCGUGGCUCCCGCGCUCGCAGCCUUGGCCGCUUCUUGCCCUACUUGCAGGAGGCAAGGCAUGCUGAAAUAAAGAGAAACUUGUUCUGUGGCAGGAAAGGUCAUUUCUUCUGGCCAGGCAUUCCUGUCCUGGGAAGGAGACAGGAAGCGUAUUACAUUAAAGGUGGGACUGCUCUCCGGCCGCCCAUGUCGCCGCCGUGUCCCCGCGGGGCCCUGCCCGGAGCCCCCCUCCUCCUCCUGCUGCUGCUGCUGCUGCCGCUGCUGUGCGCGGCUCCCGAUGUUUCAAGGGGAAAUAAGCUUAAACUGAUGCUUCAGAAACGAGAAGCCUCUGCUGCUGCAAAGCCUGAGGUGUCAGUGAAAGAAACAGCAGCCAAGGAGUUCCUGAGCAGCCUGAGACGCCAGCGGCGCCAGCUGUGGGACAGAAGCCAGCCCGACGUGCAGCAGUGGUACCAGCAGUUCCUGUACCUGGGCUUCGACGAGCAGAAAUUUGAAGAUGACAUGUCCUACUGGACAAACUUGGGGCGUGCUCGUAAUGAAUACUACGGAGGUUACUACCAGCACCACUACGAUGAGGAUUCCCCGAUUGGCCCACGGGACCCACACUCCUUCAGGCACGGAGCAGGCGUCAACUACGACGAUUACUGAUGCCAUCUGUCCUACUCUUACCUGUAGGGGCUGCACUGGGCGAGGCUGAGCCCUCCCUCAGUCAGAAUGACCCCACUUUUUCUUCUAUUCAUGUCGAACAGUAAGAGUAAAGGAACUGCCAGGCUUUGAUGAAAGCAACUUUUUAAAACUAUCAUUACUUAGUAGUACACUAUAUAUAUAUAGUGUUAUAGAAAUAAAGCUUUUUUGAUAAUCAGGUUGCCAUUAUUUAGUAGACUUCAUAACAGUAAGUUUAAUUUCAACUGUAUUACUAUAGAUUCUUUUUUAAAGGGCUUUUUUUCAUUUGCUGUCCUACAAUCAAUUGCAAAAUUACAUUAUAUCACUUCCUUUGGCAUAUAGAUUACUUAAUAUAAGCCAGUACAUUUAAGAUAUGCCUGCCCAUUUACAUUUCUAUUAACAAAUAAAUCCAGUUAUUCUUAGGAGAAAAGAAAAAAAAGGUUUCCUGUCAAUUGAAGUGCUGCCUUGUUGCCUUCUCUGCUGUUUCCAUCCCUACAGCGUGCAGCCCUCCAAGCCUGACAUGGCACUUCUGCAGCUCCUGCUGGGUCAAGGACACAGAUAUUCACAAAAGCUAAAUUCAGCGCAGACGAGCUUGCCUACCUACAAAGCCUGUGAAAGGAUCCUCCAGGGAACGGGCUCAAGGCAGGAAUUUGACUUCAGCAGUAAUUGCUGAGGCGCAGAGCAUCUAACCUGAGCUGCCCCAACCCCUCCCAGGCACGAUAACCCAAAGGUUAUCUUUGCUGAAUACUCCCCUUUGUGUCCAUUCCACUUAGCAUCAAGCUUUCAGCCUAGCUCAAAACAGGGAAUAAAACAACAAAGUAAGCUAUUUAAAAUUGAGUUAGUGUCAGACAGCAUCCAAAACAAUUCCCUGACAUCAUAAUUUCCUACUGCAAAAUUCCCUUUACCCCAGUUCAGACUGAAGCACACAUGUUAGGCUGAGCAUAAAAAUAUAUCAGAGACCUGGCAUCUGUUAGUGAAACAGUGGAUUAAAGGGGGAUUGUUGGUGGCAUCAUGCAUGCUAAGAAUCCCAAAACACAACUAAUUCUUGUAUCACAGCAACAUCUGCCUGGGAGGGAGAUUUCAGCUGUCAAGGCCUUCAGGAGGAGCUGGGUAGAGGAAAGGACUGCUGGUACCUGACAAAUGUAGAGGACUGGGAAGGGGCAGGUGAGGAAGGCUGGCUGCUCCAUGACUUCUAGAACUGAAGAAUCGGGAUAAAGAGAGAUUAAAUAUGUUCCACCAACUGUAGCAGUCAGAGAAGACAGCAUGGAUACAAGAAAUUUCCAAAGCAUGGAUGAUUGCAACGCCAUUCUUUACACUUCACUUUUUUCUUAACUGAGUGUAGCUCCUAAUCUUUUGCCUAAAGCUCUUGCUGUGUGAUGGACUGGUGUCUAGGAGAUGCAGCCCAGCAUUACACAGCUCCCUGCAGGAACACUUCCCAGGAGACAGUUCUUUGCUGAGGGAGCCAAAGUGAACAAAUACAUGGGUCACUUCUCUGCACACACAGAUCCACACUGGUCUAACAUGCUCCAAAACCUCAGCCUUCCCUAGGCUUAAUCUCUGCAGAAUCCUUGCCAGUUUAACUGGUUUAAACUGGUGUGUUUCCUUGGUAGAAGAGCCUUUAUUCCAAAUACGGAAUAAUCACAUUCUGAGUCAAGCACAGGCCCUUUUGCA